AUGGAUGAAGUUGGGCUGAUAGAAUCCCUUAUACGAGCAAUAAUGUGUUUCCUAGGGAUUGUGGGAAACAAUUUGUUGGCGUUUCGCUUGCUGCCGAGCAAGAUGAGUCGUGUGAGGACAUCCGAAGUUCUCCUUAUCAACUUGGCCAUUUCCAACUUGAUAACCAAUUACCUGGUGGACCUCCCUGACACCAUUGCUGAUUUUGCUGAGUCCUGGUUCCUGGGGGAGACCUACUGCACUUUCUUCUUGUUCUGUUCGGAACUAUCUGAGACCAGCAGCAUUUUGACCACCCUGCUCAUCAGUGUGUUUUGGUAUCAGAAGCUGGUAGGGUCUCUGAGACGAGGUAACGCACCAGUCCUGCUUGACAGCCUCCUGCUAACCAGCGGCACUGUGGUGUUAACCUGGGUCUUAGCUCUGAUAUUCAGUGCUCCUCUCCUAUUCUACGCCAAGGUAGACAGUAAGGAAGAAAACGGAACAGGGUUACGCUGUGACGAUCAUUUCCCAAAUCAUACCUCCAAGCAAACUUAUGAAGUGCUCUACCUGACCCUUGCAAAUGCUGUGCCUAUUGCUUUAAUGGUGUUCACCAACCUGCGGAUAGUGGUAACCCUCCUGAUGCACAGGAAGAGCCUUGUUAGUUUCAAUCAUGCCAGUAAAGAACAGCAUGCAGCUUCACAAACAAACCAGCCUAUUCCUAACCUACCUGGGCAGCCCACUUCAGAAACCAAUCAAGGUUUAAAUUCAGUCCGUCUUGAAGAGAAUGUCCUGUCAAGCCACGGAGAACUGGAGAGACAUGGCAAUACAUCCAGUGAAAAACCACCUGGGGUCAGCCCACCUGCCACUGUUAGCUCAGAGUCAAAUGGAAACUCUCUACACCCCUCAAAAGUGCAUACUAUUGCUGCCAGCGUCCCUGCCAGAUCCACACGGACAUCUCCUUCCCCAGUAGCCCAGGUCAGGGCAGCUAAGAGUGUUGUGGCUGUUGCAAGUGUGUUUCUCAUCUGCUGGGUAAUUCAUCUGUUACUGCGGAUAGUAAGCAACGUGAAUAUGUCUCCAUUAAUUGUGGAGAUAGCCAGUUACAUUGCAGCCUCUUACACCUGCAUCAUCCCUUACAUCUUCUUAUACGGGGUGAAAAAGCUGUCUUGUCAGUGCUGGAAGUGA